AUGACAGCGAUCACGCCAGGAGACGUACUGCGAAAGCAAGUGGACUGGGCAGGCGAUAUCCUGGGACAGAUGAAUGAUGGUAGUGCCAUGAUAGAAGCGGUCAGUUUUAUGAUAAGGAAGAUAAUAUUCCGCUCGGGAGCCGAAGAAAUGCAGGGAGGCUCGCUUGAUGAUUUUGCGCCAGUCAAAGAGCGAAUGGGAGUUAGGUUGAACAAGUUCACCAAUGCGGUGGCAUGCAUAGAAUGCGCAGGAGAGGAUAGUAGCGAAGAGGAGAUCAUCAUAGCGACAAGAUCGACGAGCGUGCUCAGAGAAGGCGAGAAGAUGAAAGGGGCGGAGAGGAAGUUUGCGGUGAACGGGAUCUCCGCGAGUCUUCCGAGAACCAGUUAUGGUCGCCUGCACGAGAGGAUGAGCACGAUUGGAAGUGAAAGCUGGGUAAAUGUCACGGAGAAAGUGCCGGGCGCCAGAUAA